UGACUGACAGCGAUUUCUAUGGAUAAACUUCUAUUAAUGUGGGAUUUUUAUAAAGCUGCCAAACACAGGUUCGUCUUUGAAAAGGUUCAACCAUCCUAUCGACUGUCAUGGACAACGUGAAACCACGCAGCAAUGAUGAGGAUGAAGAUCUACUCUCCACAGACCCAGAGAGUAAAGAGAAGAGCAAGGAUAAAAAGAUCCUGUGCAAAGUAAAAUGGUCCCGAGAUGAGGAUGAAAAGCUGAAAAAACUUGUAGAGCAGCAUGGAACAGACUCCUGGAAAUUAAUCGCUAACUUUUUUCCAGGGAGGACAGAUGGCCAGUGUCAGCACCGCUGGCAGAAGGUGCUCAACCCUGAGCUGGUGAAAGGACCCUGGACAAAAGAAGAGGAUCAAAAGGUUAUUGACCUGGUACACAAAUAUGGCCCCAAGCGAUGGUCCGUGAUUGCCAAGCACCUUCAGGGGAGGAUUGGAAAGCAGUGCCGUGAACGGUGGCACAACCACCUUAACCCAGAGGUGAAGAAGUCUUCAUGGACUCAGGAAGAGGACCGAAUCAUCUACGAGGCCCACAAACGGCUUGGCAACCGCUGGGCAGAGAUCUCCAAGCUUCUUCCUGGACGGACGGACAACUCCAUCAAGAACCACUGGAACUCCACCAUGAGGAGGAAGGUGGAGCAUGAGGGAUACCUGCAAGACGGCUGCAAGAGUUUCACUUCUUCUCACGCUGGAGUGAAGAGACGCCACCACAGGCCGUGUCCUCCGACUCCAACAGAGCCACAGCACUGUGAUCACAGUCCCCUGCCUAUAUUGGGACCAAACCAGAUGGGAGGAUAUCCUUAUGAUCCUCAGAAUGGGCACCUGAUGGACAGUCUUCCCAAUAGUUCAGACUUCAUACUGAGUCUGGAGCAGUACUCCGCCUGGUCCGACAGCGUGUCAGAUGACACACUGACCACAAGUAGCAGCAGCCUAGAGGACCAGGCAGAGAAAAGGUCCUGGAGGGGCCCUGACAUCCCCCAGGGACCUCCACCACAGCUUCAUGUCUCUCCCAGCAAGUUCCUGGCUAUAGAGGCCAGCACUGUGCUCUCUACUCUGCAGACCAUACCAGAGUUUGCAGAGACCAUGGAGCUCAUUGACUCAAUGUGUUUGGCUCUGCAGGACCCUGUUGUAUGGAGCGACAUGGCCAGUUUCGACUUGUCAGAGACAGCGACACCACCAAGACACAACCAGGCAGGCUACACCAGUCUCCUGCAAGAGAGAACGAUUGACAAUUCAAUGGGCUACACAGUCAACUUUCCGACUGCCAUUUCUGGUGGUGACAAGAACUGUGCUCCAUUUGGUCUGGGCAGUGUCACCUCCCUGACUCCUAUCAACUCAUCCAAACCUUCCCAGGCAUCCAUUGGGAGGAAGAGGAGAAGAGAGAGGGGGGAACCGUCUCCUUUGUGUGACAGAACCUGCUCCUCUUUCUUGGAAAAUAUCUCAAAUUCUCCCAAGAAAACGCCAACAAAAUCACUGCCGUUCACCCCGUCACGAUUCUGCAACAUAUCAGGGGCGGAGCAUCUGAGUCUGGAUAACCCCGCCCUCACAUCAACUCCUGUGUGUGGCCAAAGGUGUCUCCUCAGCACGCCGCUCCAAAAAGAGAGCACACCUAAGCACCAGAAAGAGAAUGAUGGUUCGCGGACCCCCAAAUUCCGUAAAGCCGUCAUGAUUCCAACCCCGAGGACGCCGACGCCCUUCAAAAAUGCUUUGGCUGCCCAGGAGAAAAUGCAUGGGCCACUGAAGAUGGAGCCACAGCCACUGGCAUAUCUAGAGGAAGACAUCCGAGAAGUUCUGAAGCAGGAGACUGGAGCAGACAUCUUUAACAGAGCAGACGUCCAGCCAGACUACAGAGCGUGGAAACACAGUAUUGAUGGCCCAGCAAGAAAGGUGCGUAAGUCUCUUGUGCUGGACCCCUGGGGCAAAGACUGCCUAAAUGUCCAACUCUUCCAAGAGCAGCUCAACAAUGCACAAGUGCCAGAUGAAAGUCUGCUGACGAACUCUUCACUGAUCACCCCGAUCCCUGAGCAGGAGGAGUGCAGUCGCUCUUCGACUUCUGGCCGAGAGGAGCCCUCAUUAGUCCCUGUUCAUCCUCAUCGCUUUACUAGCCCCCGGAUGAAGAAGCUUCUUGCCUCCCACAAAGCACCAAAACACGCCACUGUCCAGGUGAGUGAGUGGGAAGCAGUGGUUUAUGGGAAGACAGAAGACCAGCUGAUCAUGACAGAACAGGCCCGUCAGUACCUGAACCCUUACCCGUCGUCUGGCUCUACCUCGAGGGCCCUUGUGCUUUAAAGCCGUCCCCUCACUGUGCAGGCAACACUACAACACCCGUCCGACAACUGACACCUCCACUGAAUCCUGUAAGAGACAAUCCAGUGAAGACAAAUGAUUUUAUUUUUCUGUUGAAGCAGAAAUGCACUGCCAAGGACGUCCACGAAAAGGCACGCCUGCUGGUAUUGUUUUCAACACAUUUCCAGGACACUGCCCAAGUAAUGUCACAAUACCAGAACUUUAAACUUUGAUACAAGAUUAGUAUAAAAAACAAAACACAAUACCUCUUUCGAUAACACGGCAAAAAGGAAAAAAGUCCUUUUUUUAAUUUAAACCUCCACAUAGUGCUGGUACAGAAAAAGUCAGUGAACACAGACCAACACAUUUGCAUUACUGUUAAUAGUAAUGGUUAAGGACUUCCGAUACUAUCAAACGUUUAAACACAUGGCAUCAAAAAAGUAUCCAUACUUUUGAUAACCUUGUGCCCAAGUAGUUUCUUAUUCAUAGGUUUGUUCUGCUUGUAUUUUCCUUCAAAUACUCACAACCUGGCAACAUAAACAGUUUUGUACAGAUAUGAAAAGGCUAGAUUUUUUUUCCUGCACUAGUCAGUAAUUUUGAAACAACCUGCACAUACAGGCUGUAGAAAUAGUGUUUAUAACUAGCAGUGGCUGCUUCUGAGUUUUAUAUUGUUAAUAUAUUGUUUAAAUGACAAGAAAGACAUUUUAUAAUGUAACGCUACUCAUUGUGUAUCUCCUCCAGCUUGUUUUUGCUAAACUGCCCCAUUGCUGUUAUCAGAUAAAAACCACAUACAUGCAAAAUGUGUAGCUUUUAUUGGGCACCCAUGCAUUCUUUUAAAUCACACCAUGGGUUUUUAACCAGACACAUACAGCACAGAAUAUAAUGUUAACAAACGCUUUGAUUAUCAGCGAGACAAAAAUUCGUUUUCGUGGUUUUUUGUGACAGCAGUGUUACGUUGCUGAAUGCCGAUCCAUGGUGAUGUGAAGUUUUUGAGGAUGGACAUAAGAAGCUGUCAGUAUUGCACUACUGAGUUGAUUUUGCUGCUGAGAAAGGAGCAGUGUUUUUAAGGGCAAACUGGAUAGCACUUGUGAUGGUAUCUUUUUUAACAACACAAUGUUUCCUUUCCAAGGCCAUAGUGUCCGUCGAGACAUCAGUUGAAUGUAUUUCGUUGCAAUGUACACGUGUAAGAACCUCAAAAAUGGAAGGGUACCUUAAUGUUUAUUUCUAUUUGUUUUAUUUAUUAUCUGACAGCUCUAAAGCCUAGAUAUUAAUAUAAAUCGGACACCAUGAGUUUUUAAGAGGUUUAACUUUGCUGACAAAACAGCCUAAAAACCCUCACUUGCUCUAAAGCAGUUCUCUCUGUCAUAGGGAAUGAAUGGUCACCAUUGCUUUGGUCAGUCGUUUCGGUGUGUCACGUUUCAUGCUGACCAGUUUUCAUAUCAGUGUUCCACAACAAGCAUUUGGUCGAGAAGGAUUUACUCUUUAUGUGAAGGCUGUAGGUUUUAUUUAUUUAAUGUCUACUAAUUUAUUUAUUUCUAAAAAGGAAAAAAAAACUUUUAAGAGAAAUUAUUGAAGAAUUUUAUUGUCUUUUCUCUUUCAAAGUCAGGAUUGGGCUACCAUUCAGUUUCAUUACUCCAAGUUAGAAGAACAUGCACUGCCACUAAUUUAAUAUGUUAAUUAUUCGUCCUGAUCAGGCAAGAUCUAGCAAAUAAUCAUUGUGUAGUUGUGUCUGUGAUCUUGUAACAUGUACAGUAGGUAGGACAAUUUUUAUCCCUUUGAUUCGAAUGUGCUCUUUGCUGUUAGAUAGCAGACUCCAUCUCCGACCUCUAAUCAUAGACAAAUUGCACUUUUUACUCAUCAUUUAAUUUUAAAAUGUUCAUUCUGAUGAUGUAGCUCUUGUCCUUAUUUUUAUUUGAUUUUUUUUUUGUGUGUGCGUGAGGGUAUGUGUGUGUGUUAGACUGUUGUCUGCUUGUUUUGUAAUGAAUGCUGACAUUAAGAUCUUGCUGCUUGAUUUAAACAUGUUCUUUUCUCCUGUUCUGCUGCAGAUGUGUGUUUAGAUACACUACAUUAAAGCCUUACAUCA